AUGUCAUCGCAAGCGCUGGACGUGUCGAAGCUACGUGAUUAUUGGCAACAUUGUAUUCCAUGGUUUGAUCAUUCACGGCCAUACAAAGUGCAACAGGCUGCACACGGGCAAGGCAACCCAACAUUCAUAAUCACUGACGCUACUGGAAAGUCCGUCGUACUCCGGAAACGCCCCGCUGGCAAACUAGCUCCACAGCUGCACCGUGUCGAUCGUGAAUACCACGUCAUCAAAGCUCUAGAAUCGACGACGGUACCCGUCCCGAAAGCACUACUGUUAUGUGAAGACGAGUCGAUCAUCGGAACCGUGUUUUUCGUCAUGUCGUUCCUGCCUGGCCGGAUAUUUAUCGAUAUGAGGCUAAAGAGCUUUGGGCAUGAUGAGAGACGCGACUAUUACUACUCUGCCGUGAAAGUCCUCGCACAGCUACACAGCAUCAACCCAUCAACACUCAGCCUCCCAUCGUCCAUAACAUCCAAAGCAGGCAACUUUUACGCAAAACAGCUUGUCAUGUGGGACUCGCUGUCGCGACAGCAGGCUAAAGUAAAAGAUGUUGAGACGGGAGAAGAGUUAGGGAUGCUGGAUCGAUUUGACGAUAUUCUGGGGUGGUUGAAGCGGAAUAUGCCGAGAGAUGAGGUUGCGGUUAUGCACGGGGAUUACAAGUUAGACAAUCUAAUGUUCCACGCAACAAAACCAGAAGUAAUUGGCCUGCUAGAUUGGGAACGAUGGAGCUUAGGACACCCACUAGCUGAUCUCGCAAACUUGGCUUUAGGACGAUACUGGACUUUUGAAACACUAUAUAACUUGAACGAAACCGGACAAGAACCGGAUAUUGGAAUUCCAAGCACGAAUGAGCUCGUGCAAUGGUAUUGCAAAGAAUCUCACCGAGCAUACCCCAUUCCGGCAUGGAACUACGCCAGGGCUUUCAGUGCGUUCCAGAUGGCUGUCGGUGCACAGAAUGUAGCUUCGAGAGGCAUGCAACGCACGUCCAAUACACCUCAAGCUAUAGGGACGCGAAUAAUCAUACCGGAACUGACAAGGCUCGUUUUGUCGUUUGUAGAUAGAGGUGACUUAAAGUCGAACUUGUGA